CGAGCCGUGGCUGUUGAGUCACAACAGUGGGGAAACUGCUGAGAGGAGGGAGCAAGCCAUGAACGUGCUGAAGGAGUCUGUGGCUGCCUUGUUGCUGCUGCCCCGCUUCUUGGUGACCGCCCUCUUGCUUUGCAUGCUCGACAUCCUGUGCAUUCGCAAGCGGCUGCUGUCCAGGGAGCAGAGCGGGACCAACGCCGACGACCCUCCUCUCUGCGUGUCCGACGCCAACCGAAUGCUUACUCUCGAGUCGCUGCGAGCCGUCUGGCACGGCCAGAAACUGGACUUCUUCAAAUCGGCACACGUGGGCUCGCCGGCUCCAAACCCCGAGGUGGUGGAGCUGCGAGGACAGGAGAGGGUUCGGCUGCUCGACUACAGCCGGGGAGGGCGGCCCCUGGUCCUCAACUUCGGCAGCUGCACCUGACCCCCCUUCAUGGCGCGCCUCAAGGCGUUCCAGCGGCUCGCCAGCCAGCACGCUGACAUUGCUGACUUUCUCCUGGUCUACAUCGAGGAAGCCCACCCAUCCGACGGCUGGAUCAGUACCGAUGCCCCCUAUGAUAUCCCAAAGCACCGAUGCCUGGAAGACCGACUGAAAGCGGCCAGCCUGAUGAAGGACGAGAGUCCAAACUGCUUUGUCGUGGCCGACGGGAUGGACAAUUCUUCCAACGCUGCCUACGGCGCUUACUUCGAGAGACUCUAUGUCCUUCUGAAUCAGAAAGUGGUUUAUCAAGGAAGGAGGGGGCCGGAAGGUUAUAAGAUCUCGGAACUCAGAUUGUGGCUGGAGCAGUACACGAAACAAAGUUCCAGCACUGUCGUAAUUGAAGUAUGAAUGGACUAGAUGCACUGAACUCUUACUAAAGCUUAAUAUAUUUUGAGUCCUCCGUUCUGCAUGCCGAAGUGUUUGUUACUGAACGAACUUGUGAAAUCCGCACUGACUAAAAUCCGCGCUAAAUGUAACAUUAUUCUCCGACAAUGUUAAUGCACAUUUGUAAAUACACUCAAAUACUAUGUUUUUUUUACAUUUUUAUGUUUUACUUGAAAAGUGAGUCAAACGCAGAUUGGAAGUCGACAAUAUUCCUGGCACUUUUUUGUGAAAGCCGGUUUCGAAAUGGCUCUUUUGCUUUGAGACCGCGCCUGAUGUGACAAGUGCCGGGGGAUACGGUGCGCAAAGUUUGUGAGACCACUGUUGCAAUGUUGCAACCACUGUUGAGACAAAUGUUUCGAAAUCGUGGUCUGUUUUGAGGAAAAGGUCGUGUUUUCGCAUGAUUUUAAACAGAACAUUUUUAUUAUAUUUUAUAAUAAACAUUUAAAAAAAAA